GUCUCACAGACGGAGGAACCACCAUCAUACCUGAGUGUCCUCAAUGGAUCAUGCACCAUUAUCUCAGGGCCUGCUAUGUUUUCUAAAUAUAAACUUUCACCUCUGAACUCAGAUGACAUGUUUCCAACACGAAGUCUCAAGUCUGCUGUCAGUGGUGUUCCAUUUCGACUUCAUCCAUCCCUGGAAAUGCAGUUACACACUCGUGCAAUUUUUGACAACCUUGAUCUUGAACCACUUUCUUUUGAUUGGUCAAAGUAUAAUCACGACUUCAGGAAUGAAAAACUGUGUUUGCGUGAUAUGAACAGUGGCGAAAUAGCUAACAUUGAUGAGUUUUUGAUCCCAUCAUCGGAUCCUCAGUCAUCAAUUUGUUUACCACCAGGGGACAGCGAAGUUAACUUGAUGCAGUUCUGA